AUGGAGUUGAAAGUUGUGGUGGACACAAAGUUGGCAAUUAAGAUUGAUAUCUCAAGUUACAAUGUUACUAAUAAAAGUAAUAUUUUGGGGAUAUCAAGAUUAACUGAUAAUGCAGCCAUAAUUGAUGAACUGAAAAAAAAAGAAUCUUAUUCCACAGGUGACAAUUUAACAUUGUGUGCUAGGGGCAACUCAACUGCAACAAGUCCUAUAAAGUUGAUUUCUACACCAACUGAGUUGAAAAGAAACCUUGCCAUAUGCAUAAAUCUUGAUGAAAUGGAGAAUUUGUCAACAUCUAAGUCUGCUCGAUUGUUAGCACCAGAAGAAAAACCAAUGCGUCUUUUCAUCCCCAAGAAAGAAAAGUAA